CCCAAGGCCGUAGCCAUCGCCGCCCGCGAUCUGACCCGGGCUCAGGAAUACGCCGAGAAACACGGGAUCCCCCGAGCCUACGGGAGCUACGAGGAGCUGGCCCAGGACCCCGACGUGGGUGAGCUGCCCAGAGACCCUGGGGGCGCCGGCUCCCACCAUCUGACCCGGGCUCAGGAAUACGCCGAGAAACACGGGAUCCCCCGAGCCUACGGGAGCUACGAGGAGCUGGCCCAGGACCCCGACGUGGCCCCAGGGCUGGAGGGCCAGCUCCCCCACUGCUGGGGAGAGCCCCGAGCCUCUGGGGCCGGAUCCAGGCAUGCUGGGGGCCGGAUCCGGCCCCUGGUCCAUACGUUCCCCACCCUUGUUUUGUUUGCUCUUUACCCUGCGCGAGUGAGCUGGCUGGGGAGCAGCAGGGAGCGGGCGAAUCCGGGAGUCUCCAGACGGGUCGGCCCCGUUGGGCCCCUGCCUGGCCCCGGGCCCCAGCACCCUCUUCUCUGUGUCCCCUCGCAGGCCUACUGGACCCGCUUCUUCCCAGCCUCCGAGCGGCUCUACUCCUUGCUCUCCCAGGGGGCGCUCGGGGAGCUGAAGAUGGUGAGGAUUGAUUUUGGGGCUCCCCUCCUGGAGUGCCCCCGGGCGGUGCAGAAGGAGCUGGGAGGCGGGGCCUUGCUGGACCUCGGCUGCUACUGCGUCCACUUCGCCACCAUGGCCUUCGGGGGAGAGAAACCGGAGUCUGUCCUCGCCUCGGGCUUCCUCCUCCCCACCAGUAACGGGCUGGUAACUCGGCUGAAGGAGAGCCCCAUCAUGAGCCUGGCUCACUCCGAGCUGGUGGCCUCUAUCAUGGACGAGGUACGGCAGCAGCUGGGGGUGACGUACGCCCAGGACAGGGCCUGACUCGCAUUUCCUCUUGUAAGCCCUGUUGACAACCCCAGAUCUUUGGAUGCGAUUUCAUCCGGGGCUGAUCAACCUACCAGCGUGGCGGUACCGGGCCUGGACAGUUGUAGGGCACCGGGCGACAUAGCUCGGAAAUGAACACAUUAAAUGGAUUUAAAACUGG